AGAUGCUAUAAAGCUUUAUAUAAUUAUAUACAAAAUAUAAAUUUAACUAUUUAGUGCAUGGAUUUAUCUUUCCUUGUUUUAUAAUGAACUGAUUGUAAGAUAAUAAGUUUGGCAAAAAGGGCAAGAACCCAGUGCCGUUAAAACAAUAAAUAAAAAAAAAAACUUUGUAUUGUUGAAUAAAAUUAUCAAAAAAUUAUAAUACUACUAAAAUUAUCAAAAAUGAUUUAUUUUUGUACAAACGCCAUUAAUUAAAAAGAAGACGAAGAACAUAUUCAAAGAAAAAUAAUUAACAAUAUUCUUUGUAGGUUUAGUAUUUAAGUGAAAGAAGACAAAAAAAAUACUAAAUAUAAAAAAAUCCUAUUUCUGCUUUUGAUAUAAGAAUUGGAUAUUGAUAUCUUCCCGAAUUGACGUCUCACUGCAAAAUAUAAUCGUAAAAUGCAUAACAUUCAAGAUGCUGAUAUUGUAACUAAAGAAAAGUAUGGUUCCAGUGCUAGUGAAAGGCUUUAUUUAAAACCACAAGGUAAACUUAACAUAAUAAUUUAUAUGUAUUAAGCUCUACUCACAUAAUAUAAAAACCAAUUUUAUUUUAGGACAAAGUUAUAUUGCAGUAUUAGAUAAAAAUAGAGUACCAAAUGUUGCGAGCUGGUUCACAAAAAUAUUCCUUCCUCAAGGAUACCCUCAUAGUGUCAGUAAAGAUUAUUUAUCUUAUCAAAUAUGGGAUACUGCUCAAGCAUUUUGCAGCACCAUAACAGGUACUUUAGCAACCCAAGAGGUUCUGAGAGGUGUCGGAGUAGGGGACACAAGUGCAACACCUCUAGCUGCAACUGUCACAUGGGUUAUCAAAGAUGGCUGUGGUCAUAUGGGCAGAAUUUUAUUUGCCUUUACCCAUGGAACUUAUUUAGAUGCUUACAGUAAAAAGUGGAGAUUGUAUGCAGAUACCCUGAAUGAUGCAGCAAUGUGUAUAGAAAUAGCUUUACCACUAUUUAAAAAUUACACAACAUUUGCUUUAUGUGUAAGCACUGUUAUGAAAGCUAUCGUAGGUGUUGCAGGUGGUGCUACUAGAGCAGCUAUGACUCAACACCAUGCAAUUCGAGGUAAUAUGGCAGAUGUCACAGCUAAGGAUUCAGCUCAAGAAACUGCAGUUAAUCUAAUUGCAUCUUUUACUGCGUUAUUUAUUAUAUCUGUUCUUGGAAACUCCCUCACUAUUUUCCUAAUUAUGAUGAUACUGCACAUAAUUUUCAAUUAUUUUGCUGUGCGAGCUGUAUGUUUACGAACUUUGAAUGAACCAAGGUUUUUACAAGCAAUUGAUAUCUAUUUAAAACAGGAGAUGAUUGCUUCGCCAUGUGAAAUUAAUCGAAAAGAACCAAUAAUAUUUUAUCAAUUGGGGCCAAACUUAUUAGAUUUAAAGUUAUGUGGAUUUCAAAUAAGAUUGGGUAGCUCUUUAAAAGAGUUAGUGAAGGAUAGUCCUAAAUUUUCCUUGUACCAAAACGUUCAAGAAGUCUACAGGGAUCGCAAAUAUGCUAUAUUUCCAAGAGUUAACAAGAGAAAAAUGCAUGUGGUGAUCAAAGAGAAUGCCUCUACGGAUGACAUUCUAUGUUCAUACUUCCAUUCUGUACUGUUAUCCAUCAUUAUCUGCGUCAUUAACGACUAUCAGUUGCCGUCUUCGAAAAAUGAUGGGGAGCCACGUCCUUUUGCUCAAGUGUGUCAGACUUUGCAGUCAGCAGAGUGGAGUCGGGAACCAUCUGAUUAUCCAAAAGCGCGUAGAGAAUUUAUUUAUGAACCCACACAAGAUCUUAUUAGAUAUGUCGACAAAAUAGUACAAAAAGAAUGGCGCAGAGUACGAGGCGGCCUACUUGCUACAGGAUGGGAUCUUAGUAAACAUCUCUUAAUGGUCGAUGAAUGGCGCAUAAUUGAUAAUAAUAAAAAAUCAGACCGGACGCAAAGGGAUAAUUUCAGUUCCAUCAUGGAGUGUGCUAAAAUAGUGUCUUUUGGCGAAGCUAUUUGUAAAAAUGAUUUCCCUGUAAACCUAAGUGAAACAGAAAAGCAAAUGGCGGAUGCCGUAAUACAAGAUAAUUUAAACAAAAAGAAAAAUUGAUUAUAUGUUACGAAGGAGGAAAACAAAUCGGCGAAUAACCUUGUAGACACACAUUGUAUAAACACCAACUAGUGGAGUGUUAGAUUUAAUAGAUUUUGGUAUAAUAAUGCUAAUAAGUUUUAGUAUGAUGGCUGUUUAAUAACAUUUAGGGGGCAGAUUUGAUGCAAUUUACACUGUAGUAGUUAUAUAUAGAAAUCGUGUUCAUAGUUUUUAAAUAAACUCAAAUAAUUCCAUAAGUAUUGUAAUUACUCUGUAACUAAGUAAAGAAAAUUAUCUAAGUUUUCAAAAAAAUAAAUCAUUCCUUAAAUUAGAUUAUUUAUUAAUUUUCUACCUUAAGCAUGGAGUACACCU